AGGUUUCGUUUGUCAAUCUGGGCUUUAACGUUGUGGUGCAAAUCCUCAGUAAACUGUGACUCCUGGGGAAAUAUUUUGAAUAUGUAAGGCUGAAGUGCAAUUAAAGGCUAUCAGUGACUGUAUAGUUAUAAUAUCAAAGGUACAGUGAUUAGACUGUUCACUUUUCAUCCCUGAACAAGCAGAAAAUAGUGAGAGAGCUUGAAAUGAUUGAGAGAGACUAAAAGAGUUUGAGAAAGUGGGUGACAGCUGUUUUGAGGUAAUUAGCAUAAUGUUUUUGUGUGUUUAGGGGCUGUGUUGUGUGUGUGUGUGUGUGUGUGUGUGUGUGUUUGGAGGAAUGAUCAUGUGCAAAACAAAGUGCUGUAACCACUAGUGCCUGGAAGAGCGUAAGUGCUGAAAAACACAAACACUCGAGCACCUGUGUCUCAAAGCUGUUUCUGAGGCUCAGGGCAGAAGAGAGUGGCUUAAUUGACUCCUUGGUGCCAGGCUCUGAAAAAGACAUGAUAUAACUGACUUCUUAAUCAGCUGUGGAGAUAUAUUUUAAAUGUGUUUAAAUUAUACUGUCAUAACCCAGCCUUUCUGUGUAGUGUGAGUCUGGAUUUGUCUGCCCUCAAAGCGGAAAGUCACAUUGCGACUCUGAAGGUGACAAACUCUGAGUGAGUGGGAUACAGAGCAGUACAGCGAAGGCCUGAGGCCAUGAUGGUUUGGCAAGAUGCCUAGUGUGCAAGAUGAUUCAGGCACCAUUCCUCAGUCCAUGAUGGAAGCUCUUGAGCUGUUCUGUACCUUACCGGAGCAGUCCUACGAGCAGUUCCUGUCAACAUUCAUGCCCCUGAGCACAGAGAAUGUGAUUGCUGGUUUGAAGUUUCCUGAAGAAGAAAGCAAAACCUGCCUUGUAGAGCUGAACGGUGUGAAACUGGACAAAAAGGUUGACAUAGAAGAAGAGACUGAAGACAUAAAUAACAUGGAAGUGUGUGUGCUUCCUGGAGAAGUUGAGGAAGAUUCACCAGCCUACACUCCUGCUUUCUGUCACCACACACAGCUUGAGCUCUCUUCUACUGACAUGGACCAUAUGACACACACGGCACUGAGCAAUACAGAGAGCCAGACCGAAAGUGAGGAGGUUGUGCCUUUCAGUCUGGAUGACACCUUCGAUUAUGACAACGUUACACUGUCUCACAAGUAUCCUGUUAAAUCCAGCAACUGUGGAUCAUCAUGACCCAUAAUUGCCAGCUCUCUGACAAAUGUACUAGCACAGAAGUUGCCAAGUAAACAGUAAAAAAGCCAAUCAUUAAGAUAUUUACAACACAUUAAAGAACAAGUCGUGCUUUGUUUUGAGCACACUCAACUUUCAAAUCUUUCCUGGAUGUCCUUUUUUAAAGACUGUUCCCAAUAACCAUUCAGCCCACAAAUAGGAGCAAUAGUGUGUUUGACAUGUUGCUGCUCUAAUCAUGUGUAUUCUCACAGAGCAUUUAAAAAAAAAAACUCCUCAGUACAUUAAAGGCCCAGGGCACUGCAAACAACCAGACUACAACAGCAAUGUCACUUUUCUGUAUGUGAGAAACUGUAGCUGCCCACUGAGCGCACUUUUGGGAGAGCAAUUAAAUACAUGCCGUUACAGUAUGCAUCAUACUGUGCUUUAUUCACUGGAACAAAACACUUAAAGUUUUUUUUUUUUCUUUUUCCCUUUGUAAGCAUUUGAAAACCAGAUUAAAAGCCAUGUAUUUCAAAUUUGCCCUUUUAUUCUUGAUUUUUUUUUUAUUGACAUUUUAAAGAAAUUAUAAAAAUGUCUACCAUUGA